AGUUGAACCGACAGCCGAUGACAAGGCGAACGUUGGGGCGGAGUUUGAGGCGCGUGGUGUGGGGGAGGAGGAGAUAGGAGCUGAUAGAGAAGGCGAAGUGAGCGUAAGAGUUUCUGAGGACAAGCAGGGGGGAACCAAGGAAAUUGGGGGUAAGAGGCGUGGGAGGAAAGCAGGCAAAGCGAAAGCAAGAAGCGAAGGGAGCGGGAGUAAGAGCGGAAACGGGGAAGCAUUCGAGGAGGAGGAGGAGGCAGUGACAGUGAUUGCUCAAGUGCUCAUGAAGAAAUACGGACCUCAGAUUGUGAAAGAGGAGGAGGAGGAAGGGCUUGGAAACGGAGGGAAUGAGGCGGUUGAGGAGGUGGAGGGAGAGGAAGAAGCGGCGGCUGAGGAGGAGAACGACGGAAUGGACAUUGAAGUGAAGGAGGGGGGAGCUGAAACAGAAGCGAGUGACGAGGGUCUACGCAGCACCACAUCUCGCUCCAGACGAGCUACCACUCGCUCCUCCCUCCUCUCCCUCUACCGCUUCUUCUCCUCCCAUCUCGGCAUCUCCUCCCCUUCCACUGUCGCUUCCCUCCUCACCUUCAAGCCCCAACUCCUCCGCUCCAGUCCCACCAAUGACUUCCUGCCACGUGUCCGUCUCCUCCAGUCGUUUGGCAUAUGCCAUGCCGACAUCGUCCGCGUCACUGUGAGAGAACCAGCCUGGCUCCGAUCCUCCCUGCCGCGGAUUCAAAACAACCUUGAGUUCCUUUUGGCUCAGGGCGUCCGCCGAAGCAGAUUGGGCUCGGUGCUUCGACGUGUACGCAAUUUUCUCUGGUGGGAGGCACGUUCAACGAACCUGGACAUUCUGGUGGAGAAGGCAGGCGUUCCUGUGGACAAGCUAGCUAAGCUCCAGUAUUUUGUGGAUCUGGUGGGUGAGGAGGCAGCAGGAAAAUUGGCGAGGAGUCACCCGGGGGUUCUGAAAUUCUCAAAGGAGAACCUGCAAGGCAAGGUGGCGAUAUUGGAUGAUCUAAUCGGUCGAGAGAAUGCUUUGCGGGCAGUGGCGCGGUUUCCUACACUUCUGAAAUCUAGUGAAGAUAACAUGAAGAACAGUUUCAGAGAGCUUGUGCAAGAAGUUGAAGAGGCAUUGGAGAGUAGUGGAAACGAGGGAUGUGAGACGCUAAGGUUGUGGGGGGGUGACUGGUUGGUGAAGGAGGGUGAGAAUGGAGCACAAGGCGAUAAGAGACUCAGGGCUCGUCGGUUGGUGGUGGAUUUGGUGGUGAAGUGUCCGCAGGCUAUCUACUGCAGCUGGGAAGCCAACCUGAAGCACAAGCCGCUCUCUUCAAAAAUCGCUAUUGCAUUAACCACUGUGGGGGGGGUGGGGAUGGGGAGAAGGGAGCGUUAUGGGGGGGAAGCAAUAGCUGGUGGGAAGGUGAUUGUGGCAGGCGAGGAUGGGCGCAGCCAUGCUCUCUGCAGCCCUCUUCGCCCUCUUCCACCUCUCCCUCUCCCUCCUCUUCCCCAACAUAACAUGGCCCUUGGGAUUGCCGCUGGCCUGCUCGCUGCCGCUGCUGCGGCUUCUAAGCGAGUAGACUCAGAAGCUUCCGAGAAAGAGACUGUUAUCUCUGGGUCGAGAUUGAUUUCCAGAAGCAAGCCUCUAGUAGCAGUGCAAGCGGAGCUUAAAACGCGUUCAGUGAAGAACGAGCAGAGGGGGGAUGGGAGAGGAGGGCAGAGGAGAAUCAGGAAAAUGGAAGGGGGAGAAAAGGGAGGUGGGGAUGAGAGGGUGGAGAGGGUAGUAGCGGGGAAUGCAGCGGGGAAGCGUGAGGGAGGCAAGCGGAAGAGCUACGGGAGGAAGGGCUGCAAGGAGGAGGAGGAGGAGGAAGCAGUGGCAGUGAUUGCUGGAGUGCUGAGGAAGAGAUUCGGGCCUCAAAUUGUUAGAGGGGAGUUGGAGGGGUGGGAGAGUGAUAUAAGUAGCAGUGGGGAAAGAUUGGUCAUGGGAACAGUGAAAGAGGCGGAAGAGGAAGAGGGGGAAAUCGAGGAGGAGGAAGAGGAGGAGGAAGAGGAGGAGGAGGGGGGUGUAGAAGGAUUUGGGGAGGAAGAAGAAGAAGCAGAAGCGAGUGAGGAGGACGCAGCUGGCGCCACAUCUCCUCUCACACCCCUUCCUUCUCCACUCAAGUGCCGGCGGCUCCGCACCCGCUGCGCGCCCCUCGCGCGCAACAAAUCACCCGCUGCGGGCCUGUCGCGCGUACCGCCUCGCCCCCUGCGCGCCGGCGCCGUGUGCCGCCUCGCCCUCUCCCGCUUAGCACCGCACCCUCCGCGCGCCUUCCCGCGUAGCGCAUCCUCUUCUAAUUACCCCUCCCUCGCCCCCUUUAUCCCCCCUGCUCCCCCUCACUACCCCGCCUACUCCCCCUCCUUUUGCCUCCCUUCUCCCCCUUAUUUGCCGUUGUUCGUCCCUCUCUUUCCCUCCUCCCCCUCAUUAUCCAUCCUACUCCCUCUCAUUUCGCCUCCAGCUCACACCGAUUACCCCCCUUCUCGCCUUGAGUCGUUCCCCUACUCCCUGUCAUUACCCUCCCUCCUCCUCCUCAUUUUGCUCCCCGUCCACCCUCUCAUCGCCCCCCCUCCUCCCCCUCAUUUUACCCCCCUUCUCCCCCUCAUUUCAGCCCCUUUCUCCCCCCCAUAUCCACCCUUCAGUUCUGCAAUAUCCCUCCUUCUCCUCCACCUUUUGCCCCUCUUCCACUUCUCAUUUCCCCCCAUUCUCCCUCUCAUUACCCCCCCUUGUCCCUCUCAUUUCACCCCCUUCUUCCCCUCCUUUAUGUACCCAUUUUUCCAUAACAAACCCGACCCAGAUCGCUCACAAAUCCCCCUUUUCUCCCUGUCAUCCUCCCCCUUCCUUCUCCCUGUCAUUACCCCACUACUCCCUCUCAAAGCCCCCUUGCUCCCUCUCAUUCUCUCCCUGCUCACACUGACAUACGCCCCCUUCUCCGUCUCACUUCCCCCCACGCUCAUCCACAUUCCAGCCCUUCUCCCUAACAUUUCCUCCCUUGCUCCUCCCAACUCCCCCCCUUCUCCCUCUCAUUUCCCCCUUGCUCACGAGGAUUUUCCCCCUUCUCCAGCUCAAUUCCCCCCACCUCCCUCUCAUUUCCCCCCUUCACCCUUGCCCCGCCCCAUUCUCGCCCUCAUUUCCCCCUACUCCCUCUCUGUAACCCCACUGCUCCCCUUCAUUUUCCCCCUUGCUCCUUUUCACUUCCCCCACUUCUCCCCCUUAUUACCACCCUUGCCGCCUCACACUUCCACCCUUUCCCCCCUUGCUCCCCCUCAUCCCGCCCACUUCUCACCAUCAUUUCCCCCCUCUUCUGAUCCUCAUUUUCGCCCUUCCCCCUUCCUAUUCGGACCUUGCUCCCCGCCAUUUCCCCCCAUGCUCCUUCUCACUUUCAACCGUGCUCCCCCUCAGUUCCACCCUUGCCUUCUCUCCCUGCUCACACUGACAUACGCCCCCUUCUCCGUCUCACUUCCACCCACGCUCAUCCACAUUCCAGCCCUUCUCCCUAACAUUUCCUCCCUUGCUCCUCCCAACUCCACCCCUUCUCCCUAUGCUUCCCUCGAUGCCGCAUUGACAUG